AUCAACUUCAAGUGCCACAUCUUUCCCCGCAGUCAAGAUGACCAGUGAAGCCUCUUCUUCGACCCCCCCUUCAUCCUCUUCACUCAUUCCUAACCCCACAUUCCUCUUCAUCCCUUGUUGACACCACACAUUUCGGAUGACAAGCUACCCCGCAACUACCUAAAGCCUCGAAGAACACUUCGAGAUGCCAAUUGAAGUGACCCGCAUGACGGAACCGGAUAUUGACGGAGCAAUCGAUACAAUACAGCAAGCCUUCGCUGAUGACCCAUAUAAUCGUUGGGUCUAUCCCGACCGGUCAAAGGUCUCACUCGUCCGCAAUCGCGUCUCCCUCACAAUCCGCUGCCGCUGGGGCAUAAAACAUGGCCUCUUCCACGUCGCCCGCGACACCACCAACCCCACCAAAAUCCUCGGCUGUGCCUUGUGGCUUCCACCCCGCCCGCCUUCACAACCGCAAUCUUGGUCUCUCUACCUCUCAUUCUGGCAGCUCUGGCUCUCUCAAAUCCAGAUGAACAUUUGGUAUGGCCGUGGCGGACUCUCCACAACCCGGUAUUGGAUUUGGAAAGCGCGGCAAGCAGAGGCACAGGAACAGCUGUGGACAAGUGAGAAGGGGUACUACUUUUGCAAUAUUGUGACUGUGUUGCCGGAGGCGCAGGGGAAAGGUAUUGGGAAGGCGUUGAUGGAGGAGGUGCUUGGGCAGGCGGAUAAGGAGGGUGUGGGGUGUUAUCUUGAGAGCAGUAGGUGUGAACCGAAUGUGGCUAUUUAUGAGAAGUUUGGGUUUAAACUAGUGAAGCAUAUGAAUUGCCAGGAUGGAGAAAGGGAGGAGGGGAAGAUUACGCUGUAUUGUAUGAUGAGGGAGCCAAGGUCGGUGGAGACUGAGGAUGAGAGUAAUGGGAAGAGCGGGGCUGGAGAAUCCUAGCUGGGUUGAGAAUGUUGGCAGCGUUGCGGACCAUUUUCCCGGCAUCUAUACGAAUAUUCUGGGAUAUGGUGCUCUCGGAAUAGGGUAGGACUCAUCAGAAACGUUCGCUCCUCAAUCGUCAGACAUUUC